UUGGGUCAGGCUCGUGACAGCUGAGCGGUGCUCCGAGACAAAGGGGCUCGAGGCGAUAAUGGGAGGCCGCACGCAGCUCUAUCUCCUGCUGUGGAAGAACUUCGCCCUUCGCAAACGCCAGAAGGUGCGGGUUCUCGUGGAGCUGCUGUGGCCCCUGUUCCUGUUCCUCAUCCUCGUGUGGGUCCGGACAACGACGCCUCCAAGCGCCAACGGGGAAUGCCACUACCGCGUGCGGGCCCUUCCAUCAGCGGGGCUGUUGCCAUGGCUGCAGGGGACAGUGUGCGAGCUGGGAACCACGUGCGUGACGAGCCACACGCCGGGGGAGGCCCCGGGGGAGGUGAACAACUACCGCGACUCGCUGCUGUCCCGGGUGCUGGUGGACACGCAGGGCUUGCUGAUGAACGACUCAUUCUGGCGCAGCCUUGAGACCGUGUGGGUGAGCAGGGGGCUCGCCAACGUCAUCAUCACCGACCCAAGGGCUUGGACCGGUAACAUCGUGCUACGGAAUGUGCUGGUGGACAGCUCCCCGCUACAAGCCUACAUGAAGCAAAACCUGUCGUUUCCGGACUGGGCCGUGUCGGACCUGAUGCGCGUGGAGAUCCGACCCCAACUGUUCCUGGCACUGUCGCUGGCGCAACGGCUGAGUCCGCGCGCGCUCGCGUGCAACGCCUCCCUGCAGAACCCGGUGCUCUUCACCCGCUCGAGCAACUGGAGCUCGCUCAACAACCUCACAUGCUCGCUUUCCGAUGAGCAGCUCCAGGGUUUCGCGGCCGCCGCGGCCACAAGCGUCAACGCGAGUCGCCUCUCCACGCAGGUGAUAACGUCGCUGAACAUGACGGUGAGUAGGCAGCUCCUGGGCCUGGGCUCGAGUCUCGGGAUUCUUCAGCAGCAGGUGAUGGGUCUUGGCAGUUUGAAGACGGUCAUGGCCGGACUGGGCGGCUCUACUGGCUUCUCACUGUCACAGCUGCUGUGCGGCAGCAGUGGGGGGCUAAGCUUCCUGGACAACUUGGGGUCCUCAAACACCUCCAGCUCGGGAACACCCGGAGCAACGACUGCCACAACCACCAAGAGCCAGAACUCGAGCUCCACAGCCGGCGCCGGCAACUCGUUGUGCACAAACCUCAUUAGCAUGGCCGGGUCUUCGGCGACCACCAACAUGCUGUGGAAGAUGUUCAAGCCCUUCCUGCUCGGCAAGAUCCCCUACACGCCGGACACCCCCGCCGUGCGUGCCAUCCUCCAGCAGGCGAAUACGACGUUCGAGGCUCUUGCCAUGCUGGGGAGAAUGGGCGUCGCCUGGGACACGGUGUCGCCUGCCCUCUUCAACUUCUUCACCAACAGCUCCGAGAUGCAACUGCUUCGGGGUGCCCUUGCCUCGCCGAUGCUGGCCAGCAUGCUGGACCCCGUACUGAGCGGCUCCGGCUUCACGGCCGCCGGCCUCUCCGCUUUCUUAUCGGGCCGCAACGGGACGACGUGGAGGAGCCUCAUGGGCAGCGUGGGCAGCGUCCUGCACACGGUGUCCGGCUACGUGCAGUGUCUGGAGCUGAACAAGUUUGAGGGCCACGCGAACGAGGGCAGCCUCGUGAACCGCUCGCUGGAGCUGCUGGCCAGCAGCCAGCUGUGGGCCGCUCUCGUUUUCCCCGAGCUGGGCCCCACCGACCCCGUGCCACGCCACCUCAAGUACAAAAUCCGCAUGGACAUCGACUCGGUGGAGGUCACCAACAAGGUCAAAGACAGGGUGUACAGCCCGGGACCGCGCAACGAGUCGCGCUACCUCAAGUUCGGCUUCGCCUUCGUGCAGGACAUGGUGGAGCGGGCAGCGGCGCGCCUCUUCGCCGGCGGGCAGCCUGCCACCGGCAUCUUCCUGCAGCAGAUGCCCUACCCCUGCUACGUGCAGGACUCGUUCCUGCAGAUGAUGACGAGCUCGCUGCCGCUCUUCAUGACGCUGGCGUGGAUCUACUCCGUGGCCAUGAUCCUCAAGGGCGUGGUGCACGAAAAGGAGGCGCGGCUCAAGGAGACGAUGCGCAUGAUGGGCCUCACCAACGGGCUGCACUGGCUCGGCUGGUUCAUCUCCUGCUUCGUUCCGUUUAUCGUCAGCGCCAUCUGCCUCAUCCUCAUCCUCAAGUUUGGGAACGUGUUCCCCAACAGCAACUUCCUCAUCCUGCUCCUGUACUUCCUGGCAUUCACCGUGGCGACCAUCAUGCAGUGCUUCCUGGUCAGCACGUUCUUCGCGCGAGCGAACCUGGCGGCGGCCUGCGGGGGCAUCCUCUACUUCCUGCUCUACCUCCCCUAUGUGCUGUGCAACGUCUGGCAAGACCGCCUCACCUUCCCCAUGAAGAUACUCGCCAGCCUCCUGUCCACGGUGUCGUUCGGCUUCGGCUCCGAGUACAUCUCCCAGUACGAGCAGCUCGGCGUGGGCUCGCAGCCCAGCAACCUGCGCGUCAGCCCCGUGGACGGAGACCGCUACUCGCUCGUCACCUCCAUCAUCAUGAUGUUCUUCGACGCGCUCCUCUACGGCGUGCUCACGUGGUACAUCGAGAACGUCUUCCCAGGCCAGUACGGUGUGCCACGGCGCUGGUACUUCCUCUUCACCAGGUCGUACUGGUGCGGGGCUUCAUCGUCCGACGGUCAGACGCUGCCGCACUCCUACAAGCCCCCGAGCUCCAGCGACAAGGAGAUCCUGGAGGAGGAGCCGGGCAAGCUGCCCGUGGGCGUCUCCAUCCAGGGCCUGGUGAAGGUCUACGACGAGGGCAAGAAGCUCGCCGUCGACGGCCUGAGCCUCAACUUCUACCAGGGCCAGAUCACCUCCUUCCUGGGACACAACGGGGCCGGCAAGACCACCACCAUGUCCAUCCUGACGGGGCUGUUCCCUCCCACGUCCGGCACGGCGUACAUGUGCGGAAAGGACAUCCGCACCGACAUGGACUCGAUCCGCAAGAGCCUCGGAAUGUGUCCGCAGCACAACGUCCUGUUUGAGAACCUCACGGUGGAGGAGCACAUUUGGUUCUACGCGCGCAUGAAGGGCUGCUCGGAGGAGCAGGUGAAGCAGGAGAUGCCGCAAAUGAUCCUGGACGUGGGACUUCCGCACAAGAAGAACGAGCUCUCCAAGAACCUCUCCGGCGGCAUGCAGAGGAAGCUCUCCGUCGCCAUCGCGUUCGUGGGCGGCUCGCAGAUCGUCAUCCUGGACGAGCCCACGGCCGGCGUCGACCCCUACGCCCGCCGCGGCAUCUGGAACCUCCUGCUCAAGUACCGGCACGGCCGCACCAUCAUCCUGUCCACGCACCACAUGGACGAGGCGGACCUCCUGGGCGACCGCGUGGCCAUCAUCUCCCACGGCCGCCUGCGCUGCUGCGGUUCGUCGCUCUUCCUGAAGAACGCCUUCGGCGCCGGCUACUACCUCACCAUGGUGAAGAGCGAGCCGGGGUCGCGCCGACCUUCCACGGGAGCCGCCCAUCUCUACCAAAACCUCGAUCAGACGGACGGUCAGUCGCUGAGCUCGGACGAAGGACUGGGCAGCGAGUCGGGGAGCCAUGGAGACAUUGCCGACGUGAGCGCGGUGACGCAGCUGCUGCAGCAGCACGUGCCCGACGCCCGGCUCGUGGAGAACUUUGGACAGGAGCUGACCUACGUGCUGCCCUACCACGGCGCCAAGGACGGCGCCUUCGCGCUGCUCUUCAAGGAGCUCGACGAGAAGCUGGCGGAGCUCGGCGUCUCGAGCUACGGCGUCUCGGACACCACCCUCGAGGAAAUCUUCCUGAAAGUUGCUGAAGAGACUGGAGUAGACACAGAAAUUAUAGAGCCGCUGGUGGUGCCGCCGCCGAAGGAGGUGCCGCGAACGCCCGAGGAUUCCAACUGGGAACGUCGCUCCCUGCGCAGGAAGUCGAGCGGCCGGGCGGAACGAGCUCUGAAAAAGACUCCGGAAGGAGAGAAGAAACCGGCGUUUCGUACAAGAGUGAAACCCACCGGUGACGCCGUGGACAACGGACGGGGAUCCUGCCAGAUCACGGGACAGGCGUUCCUGCGGCAGCAGUUCCGAGCGCUCUUCAUCAAACGCUUUCACUUCGCCAGGCGCAGCCGCAAGGGCUUCGUGGCUCAGAUCGUUUUGCCGGCGGCUUUCGUGUGCCUCGCGCUCAUCUUCAGCAGCGUCGUGCCUCCGUUCGCGGAGUACCCCAGCCUGGAGCUGCACCAGUGGCUCUACGGAACGCAGUUCACCUUCGUCAGCAACGACGCCCCCGGCGAGAGCCACGUGAACGCCCUGGCACGGUCCCUGACGGAGUCUCCCGGGUUCGGCACCCGCUGCAUGAACACCAACCCCAUCCCCUUGUACCCAUGCCCAGGCGGCGGGAGCCCAGACUGGACUCAGCCGGCCAUGAGCGCCGAUGCCUCCAGCGUCCUGCAAAGCGGCAACUGGAGCAUGAGCAACCCGUCACCCGCGUGCCAGUGCAGCACCCAGAAGCACCGCGUCAUGUUCCCCGAGUGCCCCGAGGGGGCGGGCGGCGCCCCCCCCAUGCAGAGACUGCAAAACAACACGGACACCCUGCAGAAUCUGACGGCAUUCAACAUCACCGACCACAUCCUGAAAACGCUGCCGAAAUACUACAAAACCAGACACGGCGGGAUUUCUGUCGGAGACAAGAACGGCGUAGUUCGGAUGACGGCCGCCGACCAGUCGCUCCUCCUCGCGCGCUUCGGCAAGAUGUUCAACUUGAGCGUGCCUACCGUGGGCUCGUCAGGAGUGACAAUCGAAGACUUCAUUGGGACACGAAACAACCUGAAGGUCUGGUUCAACAGCAAGGCCUUCCACGCCCCUGGGGCCUUCACGAGCGUCGCGAGCAACGCGGUGCUGCGCGCGGGCCUUCCCGCGGGGGCCGACCCCUCGGACUACGGCAUCACGGCCUUCAACCACCCGCUGAACCUCACCAAGGAGCAGCUCACGGACGUCAUCGCGAGGUCGUCGGGGAUCGACGUGGUGGUGGCCAUCUGCGUGAUCUUCGCCAUGUCCUUCGUGCCGGCGAGCUUCGUGCUCUUCCUCAUCCAGGAGCGCGUGAGCAAGGCCAAGCACCUGCAGUUCGUGAGCGGAGUCAACCCGGCCAUCUACUGGAUCUGCAACUUCGUCUGGGAUAUGUGCAACUACGCGGUCCCCACCGUCAUCGUCAUCGUCAUAUUCCUCUGCUUCCAAAAGCAAGCGUACGUGUCUGCGGCGAACCUUCCCGUGCUCAUCCUGCUGCUGUUCCUCUACGGGUGGUCGAUUACCCCGCUGAUGUACCCGGCGUCGUUCGUCUUCUCGGUGCCCAGCACGGCGUACGUGGUGCUCACCUGCAUCAACCUCUUCAUUGGCAUCAACGGCAGCGUCGCCACCUUCGUCCUGGAGCUCAUCAAAGACCAGCCGGACCUGCAGAAGGCGAAUGACAUCCUCCGUGUGGUGCUGCUCAUCUUCCCGCACUUCUGCCUCGGCCGUGGCCUCAUGGACCUCGCCAAGAACCAGCAGCUGGCCGACAUCGGCGCGCGCUUCGGCCAGAACUCGUUCAAGAACCCGUUUGAGUGGGACGUGGUCGGGAAGAACCUCUUCGCUAUGGCCGUGGAGGGAGUCGUCUUCUUCACGCUCACGCUGCUCAUCCAAUACCGCUUCUUCGUAAAGCCCAGGCCCGUGAAGAUGGAGCUGCCUGCCACGAAGGAUGAGGACGAGGACGUGGCUCGCGAGCGGCAGCGCAUCGCGUCCGGCGGCGGCCUCACGGACUCGCUCCGCAUCGUUGAGCUCGUCAAGAUUUAUCGCGGAAAGAAGAAGGCAGCGGUGGAUCGCGUCUCCGUGGGCAUCCCGCCGGGAGAGUGCUUCGGCCUGCUAGGCGUAAAUGGCGCGGGAAAGACGACGAUGUUCAAGAUGCUGACGGGCGACACGGACGUCACGAGCGGGGAGGCCUUCCUCACGGGAUACAGCAUCCUGACCAACAUGCGGGAGGUGCACCAGAACAUGGGCUACUGCCCGCAGUUUGACGCCAUCAACGACCUCAUCACGGGGCGGGAGCACCUGGAGUUCUACGCUCGCCUGCGCGGGGUCCCCGAGAAGGAGGUGUCCACGGUGGCCGAGUGGGGGAUCCGCAAGCUGGGCCUGAUCCGCUACGCGGACCGCUCCGCCGGCAGCUACAGCGGUGGCAACAAGCGCAAGCUGUCCACGGCCAUGGCACUCAUCGGCUGCCCUCCCGUCGUCUUCCUGGACGAGCCGACCACCGGGAUGGACCCGAAGGCGCGGCGCUUCCUGUGGGACUGCAUCCUCAGCGUCAUCAAGGAGGGGCGGUGCGUGCUGCUCACCUCGCACAGCAUGGAGGAGUGUGAGGCGUUGUGCACUCGCAUGUCCAUCAUGGUGAACGGCAGAUUCCAGUGCCUGGGCAGCGUACAGCAUCUCAAGAACAAGUUUGGCGACGGCUACACGGUGACGCUGCGCGUGGCUGGCUCCCCGCCGGUGCUGCCGCCCGUCGAGGAGUUCAUCGGCUCGGCGUUCCCCGGCAGCCUCCUCAAGGAGCGCCACCACAACAUGCUGCAGUACCAGCUGCCCUCCGCCGAGUCCUCGCUCGCCAAGAUCUUCAACCUGCUGGCGCUGCGCAAGGAGGAGCUCAACGUCGAGGACUACUCCGUCUCCCAGACCACGCUCGACGAGGUGUUCGUGAGCUUCGCCAAGCACCAGCACGAUGGGGAGGAGUGGGAGUCCCUGAUGAACCAAGCAACGAUGCAGCAGCAGCAGAAGGUCAAGGAGGUGUGAAGGCGCGCGGCCCUUCCCGACGGCUAACCCGCGAGUCGACCCCCUCCCCACGUUUUUAUUUUUUCCCCUGAUGCUCUAACCGUGGGUCACCCACGGCGGUCAUAACUUCUCACCGCCGUUCACCACCGGUUCGAAGGCGUCGCUGGGGGAGGCAUUCCUAGAUGUUCGGUGUGAGGUGUGGGUAUAGGGUGCCACGGUGGCUAGGAGAUGUUAACUCCCUUGCCUGGUAUACAGGAGUUCGUGCGUUUGAUCCCGACCCUGACGCCUGUAUAUUUGGAGUUUGCAUGUUCCCUCCCUCUCUCUUUUCCCGUAGUCACAAGGACUUUUCUUCGGUAUUCCUCCGGUUUUUCCCUCCACAUUUUCAACUCAACAUCAUGCAUUUAGAGUGUUUGGCUGCUGUAAAUUUAAACGCGCUUAAUAAGCCGCUUCGUUUGUGGCACUUCUGAAAAGAAGGCUAUAGAGCUCAGUGAGCCUUACCUGGUCAAAUAAAAUAAAUAAAAAUAGUCGAGUUCAUCCGGGUCUGUUUGGGUUGGCGAGCCAGAAGAUAUUACUUACAGCCUGCACACCACAUCCAGUAUAUGUCUCGCUCUCGCUGCAGCUACAGUGCGCGUGCUUUCGCCAGUCUACCAAGUGACCCAGAGCGUAGUCGGUGAUAAAUUAAAAGCUUCGCUCCCGAGACAUCUAGAGUUGGCUUCCAGCUUGUCCGAGAUGGAUACCAACUCUUUACAUGUCCCCCCCUACCCACGCCGUCCAUACGAUUGUUGAAUCUCCAGGCCUGGCUCGGGGUUUCAAACAGGAAAUGAGAACUGCGCACUCGCCGACCUUAGCGCUAAAACAACGUGGAUCCCGAACCUAGCCGCUCCAAUUGGUGAAAGUUGACACUGCAGAACCAGAGGCCUUGCAGCUCCACGCACGCGAGCCACGGGCAAGUCGACGCGCGUGGGGAGGACACGGCGAUUCCCGCUCACGGCCAACACCGGUGACGAUUAUCUGAAGCGGUCCUGGGCCUCCUCCCUUUGGUCGACUCGGCCUCAAACGAGUACCCGGUGCGGUGCGUAAUAACAUCGCUACUCGGGAGACAAAGGCGGCCGGGCGUGGUGCUGGCCACCAACCCCCUCGUGUGCCGUGCAGGCCUUCAUAGGUGCUCGCUAACAGCACUUGCUCCAACAGUCUGUUGAGGCUACAAGGGGGGGGGGGCCUUUAGAAAUAGAAAUACGGCCUCGUGUGCUGGAGAUGUUGUUGCGUGGAGCAGUAUAGGCAUUCGGUGAGAUUAAUUGUAUUGUUAUUGCUUGUGUAGACUUACAUGGACUUUCGGUUUAAUAUAAAUAUUGUUUAUGCUACAAAGUAAUGGGCUCUGUUCCUACGCAAAUGACUGAGACAUUUUAAAUGAGCCUCGUCAUAACACAUAACGCAUAAGCAACCAACACCCAAUCCACAAUUUCAAUUGUCGCCACGAGGCGAUUCGUUGUUACGUGAUCACUGGGCAGUGCCGCUUUUUCAGAAGGGCUGCGUCCUGAAAAAUACGAAAAAAAAUACGAGAUUUUGUUUCUGGGGGGGGGGGGGUCACGCUCGGCUCGCGAUAGAUAACAAAGUCGCGUGAUCGGCAGAGGAGCGGUAGAUUGGGUGGCCGUGGCUAUGUACAAGUUGGCGGGGCUGCCAACUCGCCGUGUAUCCCGGUUGAGCCUCCCAGGAAUGUGGUACUGUGAAACUACUAGCCAUCUGUGAAACUACUGGCCACCUGUGAAACUACUGGUCAUCUGUGAAACUCCUGACCAUCUGUGAAACUCCUGGCCAUCUGUGAAACUAGAACUUUGCAGCUAAAUCGGAUUCCUCCAGUAUAAAUAAAUAGUCUGACUCUGGUACCCUCACGUUGUUCACCACUACCCCCUUUGCAACAGAAACGCAGCCCGUACGCAAUAGCGCAGUGGAAGAAAUACAAAAUCCUCUUCCAGUGGAAUGUUUUCUGUCACCGGGCAACUUUAAUUACGAGAGCGAAUGAGGUGCUGCCUUUAGGCAGCGCGAGACUUCAGAAGAAAAAAAACGCCGACUUAAAGAAUGUUCUCAAAGCGUCAUGAUUUUGCACUUUCAGAUAUUUUACACGUAUAUAUUGGAAUUUAUUAUAUAAAAUACUGUUAUUAUAAACGAAAGUGAUAUAUGUACGUUGCGUUGUAUUUUUUUUAUGGUAAAUUAUUAAUCUCUUGGGGGAUUUGACCGUUGAAAAUCUUGUGAAAUGUGAAAUGUGUGCAAGGAUCUUGAGUCCACGUAGCCUCGGGUUAUAACUUGCGCCAUAGCUCAGUGGGCCUUACCUGGUAAAAUAAAUAAGUUUUUAACCACCAAUCCAUUGCACCAGAGUACAGCACCGGUGAUAUAACGCCGUCCACAUGCAGCCCAUCUCUCUAUCCACUGCUGGAUGAGAGCCUUCCAACGCCAUGGCGGGUUUCUUGGGGGCUCUUUGGCCAUACUUCACCACGCUGGUCGCUGCAGGUUGAUGAAGGCCCGGGAGCAUAGACGUGGCAACGUAGGCAUACAGUACAACAAUGGAUUGUGCUACACUGCCCUCUGCUGCCCACGGUGUAACCCCACAGCAGCCGAUAGCACCUGUGGUGUGUGGCGGUGGUGGUCGCCUAUCGAAUUCACGAUCGAACAAUGAUUUGUCCAUAUUCUUAGCUCUUUCGGUAAAGUCACGUUGACUUUACCGAAAAGAGCUAAGAAUAUGAAUUACUGCAGUCACGAAAGCUUUAAAUAAAAAAAUGAUUUGUCCGUUCCGCGAAGUUGCAAAUUUUUUAAUGACAAUAACGACAAGAGCCGCAUUUAUAAAGCGCCUCUCAUUGGAGGAUCUUAAAAGGGCUGUACAAGACACAGCGGCAAAUAUUCGGCAUACAAGUAACUCGUGAAA